AUGGACCGUCCCAUUGAUGAAAUCGUCAAGAACCUUCUCAAGUUUGUGGUCAGAGGGUUUUAUACUGGAACAUAUGUUCUAGUCGUGGAUGCAAUUCUCUUCCAUUCCGUUUUGUCGGAAGAGGAUUUGGCACAUCUGUUGGGGAUAAAAAGACCAGAGCUUCGUGGACUACUCACCACACUUCUGGAAGAUCGAAUGAUCGCAGUGCAUUCCCAACAGGAAUUCCACUUCAAUACCAGAAGCAUUAAGAGAUACUACUACUACAUUAAGUAUCCUCAGGCCAUCGAUGCCAUCAAGUGGAAAGUUCAUCAAAUCGUGUCCCGUUUGAAAGACGAUCUAGAUAAGAACUCCGCUCCCCAGGGAUAUAUGUGUCCUGUUUGCCACACAAAAUAUUCGCAACUUGAGGCGGUGUCAUUGCUGAAUUAUGAGAAAACACAGUUUUUAUGCAGUUUGUGCGAAGAAGCCUUGGUUGAAGACGAUUCUGGCAAAAAGUCCAAAGAGAAACAGAUGAAAUUGAAUAGGCUCAUGGACCAAGUACAACCAAUCAUCGAUUACCUGAAAAAAAUCGAUGAUUCAAGGAUUGAAGAGAAUACUUUCGAGACGUCUUUGGCGAGAUUGAUUCCUCCUCAAAACAACUCCGUGGCAUCCUACACUGUCAACCCUAGAUCCAAGAAAAGUAAGAUGUUCACUCCUGGUGACAAUACGAAUUCUGCUCUGGACAAUGCAAGCAGCAUGAGGGCUGGCGCGAAGUCUCAGGCCACCUUGCAUGUCAAUAUUACCACAGCUACCGACGAGCAGGUCCGCAGCGAGCGCCAAGAAAGAGAGAUGGAGGAAAAGAGAAAACAAAACGCUCUACCUGCAUGGCACGAGCAGAGUACCGUUGGAAAGGCCGCUCUGGGCAGACUCGAUAACGACGACGAUGCCCUACCUGCAGCUUCCCAGCAGGCUUCUGUCGACGAGACUCAGGAUCUACAACCCACAGAGGAAGCCGACGAUUCAUUCACAAACGUGGAACUCGUGGCACCAGCACAGCCGCUCACUCAAAAAGAGGUGGAGGAAAAAGAAGCCGAGAAAACCUUGGCGGAUUACUAUGCUCAAUUGGCUCGGAAACAAGCCAUGGAAGACGAAGAAGAUGAGGGCGAAGAAGGUGCCGACAAUGGCGACGAAGGAAUGGACUACGAUGUGGAGUUUGAAGACGUGAGUAGCGAAAACGAAAAUGACACUGAAAUUGGUACUGGUGUUAAUAACAAAUCUACUGUCAAGGAAGAUACAACUGCACCCUCAGAUGCAGACCAGGUCAACAACAGCAAUAACACACAGCAAGAUGGCGGUGAAGCCAAUAAGACUGAUACGACAAAAGUGGAAGAAAUUGAGGAUGAAGACAUGGACGCUGAGUUUGAAGACGUUUGA